AUGCGCAUCUCGUCUACCCUCAUCGGCCUCGCCCUCGUCCUGGCGGGCUCGCAGGCCGUCGUGGCCGUCGCCGGUGAAAAGCAAGUCGAGCUCGGUCGGCGACAGCUUUCCAUCCCCGUCGAGGCCGGCGCCGGUGGUUCUGUCCCAAGCGGAACCGCUGGUUGGGGAGGUGUCGCCGGCCACGGCGGUGUAGCUGGCUCUGGCGCUAUCGGUGCCGGCGUCGGUUUGGGCGUCGGCGUCGGCGUCGGUGGCGCAGGCAUUGGAGCUGGCGCUGCCGGUACCGGUGUCGCUGCCGGUGUCGGCGGCCAUGGCGGCAACGGUGCCGGCCCUGGACCCAGCGCAGCGACCGAGCACGACGAAAACCAGGGCAAGGCUGACGCAAAGGGCGGUCACAAGGCCGAGGAGGCGCCCACGUACCCUCUCGACGACGUCUCGUCUCGGAUCCAGCUGGACUGGUCCGCCAAGGCGAAGGGCAAGCCCUCGGCGGCGAUCAGCGAGGGCGACGACGGCAAGGUCGUCGUUAGGCCGCAGGAGCUGCUGCAGAUGCCCGAGUUUCAGGCCUUCCUCGAGGCGGUGCUCGAGGACCCCAAGCUCCUCGCCCAGGUCGCGCAGCAGCAGGGCAUCCCCCGACGCCAGUAUGCCGCCAUGAUUAAGCAGAUGAUCCAGGACCCGCAGGGCGUCGCGUUCCUCUUUGACCCUAGCAACAAGGGUGGCGAUGCACCUGGCGCAGGUGCCGGAGUCGGUGCCACGGCGGGAGCGGGCGCUGAUGCGGGGGCCGCUGCUGGUGCUGGUGACGCUGGUCGAGCUGGUAGCAGCGCUGGCAUGGCAGCUGGCGCUGGCGCUGGAGCCGUUGUCGGUGGCAACAACGGCGUGGGUGUGUACGGCCAGGAGGGCCUGCACGGCCAGGGACGCGGCAACGGCAACGGCCUGACGAAGCAGCAGCAGCAGCAGCAGCAGCAGCAGCAGUCAUCGUCGACCAGCAACAGCAGCGACGACGGUCGUCACCCUGCAGUCGGCGGCAGCGGCAUCAUUGGUGUGCAGAAGCGCGCAGUGGGUGCGGGCGCAGGUAGCCAGCGCCGCAUGGACAAGCGCCACCUUGCCAACAACCUGCCCCUCGUCGCUCGUGCCGCCGACCUGGUCCGGGACGCCGUCGAGGAUCGUUUCGGUCCCAUCCUCGCCUAG